CAUUUUGCAUGGGACAUGUAAGUACUUUAUUGAUCGGUAUGCAGCUGCUAAGGUUGUAAUGGAGGACAAUCGUAUGCUUUACGGACAGAUGCUAUGUGAGUACAUGGAGAAGGCUAAUAAGAAGGCCCACAUGCAUCGCGCAAAUCAAGAGGGCACUGCGGAGCACAGGUUCAGUGUCCUGUGUCGGGAUAAGGGUCGGAGGGGGGUAGACGUGAGCGGCAUGUUCAAAAGUGUGUGCUAAGGAGUGGGACAUGCAUCUGUAGUUGUCAGAAGCCACAAUUACUCCACAAACCUUGUACACACGUCAUAGCUGCGUGUGCGGAGCACCAUAUGCUUCCCAGGCAAUAUGUGUCAAAGUAUUUUAUGAAAGAUCAAAUGCUCAACACCUGGAACCAGAAGCUGUAUGGUUACGGCAUUGUUGACACUUUUACAAGUAAUCCAGGGCCUACAAGAAUAUAUGUGCCUGAUUUGGAAAAGAUGAAGAACGCACCUGGCCAAAGACAAAUUCGUCGGAUUCGCAACGAUAUGGAUGAAUCCGAGGCUGGCCCUAGGAUGAAGCGAUGCAGUCAGUGCAAUGAAAUAGGUCACACGUACAAGUAUUGUCCCAAAAAUGCAUCAGGUGAUGCACCUGUUGUCUAGAUAUGGCUGACCCUGCGACCCCCGAGCUUUUAGACCCUGCCGUGGACAAGAAGUAUCGCAGCUUCUUAUCCGUCGAGCACCAGACGGAGCUAGGAGUGUUUCGACCACGGGGCCCUGGAGAGCUGCUGACGAUAGACGAGCGAUGGAAGCACAGGUUGGCAGCGGCCGGACUCCUACCGCUUUGCCGGUUGGUCGAGGCCCGAUCGAUGGAGAACCCCGAGGUUGCGGCCCGUCAUUUCUACUUUGAUCGGUCGCUGAUAGCAGCACUGGUCGACCGAUUGAGGUCGGAGACACAUACAUUACAUCUCCCGUGCGGCGAGAUGACCCCAACCUUGCAAGACGUAGCCUACCUCUUAGGCCUUCCUUGCGCGGGAGCUGCGGUUGGGGUCAUCGAUAUGCAGGCUGACUGGAUCAGCGACAUGCAUCAGCGCUUUGGCCCGGUGGAGCGAAAGGCGGACGCACCCCCCUACGUGCCUGAGUUCUUGUCCGAUGCACGAGGGCCAACGAAGAAGUGGAUCCUACAGUUCCAGCCGGCGUACAUACACCCACAUGCCAACGCAUACGCGGUCUCCAGGCAUUUGGAGGCCUUCCUGCUUUGGUUGUUUGGGUGGGUAAUGUUCACUAGUGGCCAAGGCCACCUGGUUGCCAGGACGCUUGUGCCGUACGCCCGGUUGAUAGCGGACGCUGAUGCGGAGGAUGUACCGCAGUUCAGUUGGGCAUCCGUUGUUCUUGCUGCGACGUAUCGGGCGCUCUGCGACGCGUGCACGAAGAAAGAGCCACUAGCCACUUUCGCCGGGUGUCCACUUCUUCUGCAGCUAUGGUCAUACGAGCAUUUCUCCAUAUGCAGGCCGGUGGUGGACCGCUCCCCGUACCCAGAGGAAUGGUACGGUGAGCCGAACGAGGACGCGCCUACUAUGGCCUCGAUGUGGUGCCAUCGUUGGGUAUACACGGAAAGGCAGAUAUCGUUUAUUAUGUACAUAUGGAUGUAG